GACCAAGCACAGCUGUGCCACAACAACGUCUUGACACAUUAAAUUGCAGUCAACAAGUGCAAACUCAUCAAGCUAGCCAGCCGCGCGUCCGAUCGAAGCCAUGGCCACAGCAGAGGACAGCGGGAAGACCACGCUGGAGUCGGGGCACGCACCGGCGGCGUCAGCCCCUCCGGUGAGCCUCUUCUCCGCCGACCUAGUCCUGCGGUUGCUGCUAUUCGCGGCGUCGCUCUCCGCGCUCGUCAUGCUGCUCACCGCCAAGCAGACGGCUAUCGUGUCCGUGGUGCUAACGCCGCCGUUCAGACUCGCGCCGGUAGCCGCCCAGUUCAAAGACUCUCCGGCGCUCAUAUAUCUGCUUGUGGCGCUGUGUGUGACGUGCUUGUAUAGCUUGCUAUCGGCGGCCUGCUCGCUUAAGUCCAUCUCCAUGAGCUCGGUUUGCUCGGCCAAGACGCUCUUCCUCCUCAUUCUGCUUGAUGUCUUUUACGCGGCUAUCAUGGCGUCGGCGACCGGCACAGCAGGCGCCGUGGCGUGGGUGGGGCUGAAGGGGAACUCGCACACACGGUGGAACAAGAUCUGCAACCUCUACGACAAGUUCUGCCGCCACGUCGGUGCCUCCACCUUCCUCGCCAUCGUCAACUCCCUCAUCCUCAUCCUCCUCGCUGUCCUCAACGCUUACUCCCUCUACGGCCGCAGCCGCUAGCUGAUCAGAUCAAGCUAGCCCAUCCUCUUGUUAGUUGUCUUGUCGUGCUUGUGAGCUUGCAUGCCAGCAGUCUGGAGCGCUCUAUGAUAUUAAUUGCGAUCUCCAUGUGUGUGUCCGUGUGUUGUAAUAUCAUACAUUAUGAAAGGCUUUAUCUAUAUAUAUUGAAUCGAAAUAGGUUACAAUGCA